AUGUCUUUCUCUUUCCCAGUAUUGCACUUUGAGCCCCAGGGUCCCAAGCAAAUUCCCGAUGCUGCCAUCAUUGUCCUCCAAGAAUGGUGGGGAGUCAACGAACAAAUCAAGCGUCACGCUCAACAUAUUGCAAACAACAGUGGUGCUCAUGUUGUUGUUCCGGAUCUUUACAAAGGAAAAAUUGGCUUGACAGCUGAGGAAGCAAGUCAUUUAAUGUCUCAUCUUGACUUUGAAGCUGCAAUCGGAGAGCUGUUGCAAUUGGUGACUCAUUUAAGAAGCACCAACAAAACACGUAUUGGUGCUAUUGGAUUCUGUAUGGGUGGAGCUCUUUCCCUUGCCUUGGCUAAUCAGGCUACUCUGUUGGGCGCUCCUAUUCAAGUUGCAAUUACCUUUUAUGGUACCACUUCUGGAAAGCUUGAUGUCACUCAUAUUUCUAAGGAUACUGCUGUCCAAGGACAUUUUGGUGGACAGGACAACCAAAUUGGUUUUAGUGAUCCUCCUUCUGCCCGCCAACUGGAGCUCGAUGUUGCAAACACCAAGGAUGUUCACAUCUACACUUACCCUGAUCAAGGCCACGGUUUCUUGAAUGUCGAUGACUGGAGUAUUUCUGUUCGCAAGGAUAUGGAUAUGGUUGCUAAGGAUUCUGAUCCUGUGAAGGAAGAAAAGCCAAUCCGUGAUCUUGCUUGGUCCAGAGUUUUUGAAUUUUUUGAUAAGCACCUUUAA